AUGCAUAACUCGCCGUUCACAGUUGCAGGCAUGUCGUCCUCGACGACGUCUCACCAUACUCCCAAUGCUUGGGGAAGUUCGAGCACGAACUCAACGUUUGGAGAAUCGUUGUCGCAGUCGACUCGAAGCCACUAUCAGUCUGGAUAUCUUAUGUCUACAACGCAGAACAACAACUCACCGCCAGGAAACCAGCGCGUUGACGAGGUCCCUGUGGUCCAAACCAAAGCGAAAUUGAACCAGGCUUUGACCAGAGGAAAUCACUCAGACUUUGGGAUGGAAUCUAUGUUCCAGAGCACCAGGCAGCGACAAAACCUAGCAGACGAAGAUGCACCUCCCAUAUCGUCUGUGAACGAUAUCCCAAACGAAGUAUUCGUCGAGAAUACGUCUUCUCGCUUUAAACCACGGAACUCAACCAAGCUCGAAAGCUCUCACUUCGGCAAGCGUGCCACAAAAGUCCUAGCUUCUUCCUCUGGCCUCAGCUCGCAGCAACCCUUAUACAUCAUUGUCUUCGGCUACCCCGCUGAUAAAUACAGCGUCACCGUUGAAUAUUUCAAAUCCUUGGGAGAAUCGACUGAAGCGGAUCCGAACACCGAGAUUGCCAAUUGCUUCAGGAUAGGCUACACAGAUCCAGCAGAUGCGAUGAGAGCUGUCCGAAAGAAUGGGGAAGUGCUGGGUGGAAGCUGGAUGAUUGGCGCGAAAUGGGCGGAUCCUGCGCAGGCUGAAGCUCUAGUCGGCCAGGCCAACCUUCGCACUUCCACUGCUUCUCCAACCCCAUCCAACAACCAAUACAACAACAGUAACGCAAUGCAGGUGGAUGAACCCAUGAGUGGCGGUUACCCUUCCUAUCACAGCGAUACACCCACAGUGGGUACGCCCAUCCGACUCGAACCUUCGACAUCAGCCUUCAAGAAGCCUGGAGUUGGUGGUAGUAAAUCAGUCGCUGGCGCCCACCAUCAUACCAAUUCGCUCUGGGGCUCCCCUGCUUCUGCUUCUGCGGCGAACAAUGGCGGUGGCGGGGUCAGAGGAGGGUCCGGAACUACCGCAGCGGGCUCGCAAGCCCAGAAUACCCCGACCAAGUCUGUCCUUGGUCAGGUCUCGGACUUGAUCUUCGGCUGGUGA